AUGCCAUUGUCACCAAAUCAUCAUGCAGAGGACAGCUGCCUAAAGUACCAUCCUACUCCCACUCGACAAGUCAUCGCCGACGAUGCGUCGGACACCUUCCCCGAAGGUGGGUUGACCGCCUGGCUUGUCGUCUUUGGCUCCUGGUGUUCUAUGGUCUGCAUCUACGGCCUCAUCAACACGAGCGCUGUCUUUGAGUCAUACUUCAAGACACAUCAGCUUCUGGACUACAGCCACUCACAGAUAGGCUGGAUUUUCAGUCUGUAUCUGUUUCUGGUAUUCCUAGUUGGCGUACAAGUAGGCCCAGUCUUUGAUCGGUUCGGGCCGAGAGUUCUGGUGGCCGCAGGAUGUACCCUCAUUGUGCUUGGUCUGAUGCUAUUAAGCCUCUCGAGGACUUACUAUCAGAUCAUUAUGACGUACUCAGUACUUGGUGGUCUUGGAGGAGCCCUCCUAAACGCACCUGCGUACGGUGCAAUUGCUCAUUUCUUCCACGCUAGAAGAGGGCUUGCAACAGGCGUCGCAUCCACCGCUGGUGGCAUCGGAGGAACCUUGUUUCCUCUCCUGCUUCGACAUCUUCUGGGUCCAAACGGUGUCGGCUUUGCCUGGAGUUGUCGAAUCCUGGGCUUCAUUAUGCUUGGCCUUGCCGUCCCGGCCAACAUUUUCAUCCAGAGUCGCCCGUCAGUCCGGAUGAGCAGUAGAGAUCAAGUCAAAACCCGGUCCAUCUGGCCAGAUUUCGGUAUUUUCCGUGACCCCCGUCUAGGCUUGGCUACGGUGGGAUAUUUCUUCAUGGAAAUCGGCCUCUUCGUACCCCUGACGUACAUCAUUUCAUACGGAACAGCUCACGGCAUACCGACUUCAGACAGCUUCCUCUUCCUUUCCUUUCUCAACGCGGGCUCCGUCGUAGGUCGCUUCCUGCCAGGCCUUCUGGCUGACAAGUUUGGUCGGUUCAAUGUAAUCAUUGUCACCAUCGCACUUUGUGUGGUGACGGUGCUUGGUAUAUGGCUACCAUGCAACGGCUCAAGAGCAGUUCUCAUUUUCUUUUCUGUGACAUUUGGAGCGGCAAGUGGAAGCAACCUCAGCCUCAUCCCAGUUUGCCUCGGACAAUUUUGCGAAUCAAGGCACUACGGCCGAUACUUUACGACGGCUACCAUGAUUGCCAGUUUCGGAACUCUUAUUAGUGUUCCUAUUGCGGGUGCCCUGCUAGGGAUUAGAGAUGAAUCUACUGGGUGGAUGUCUCUAAUCCUAUUUUCCGGCUGUUCCUACUUGGUCGCUUUGAUUUGCUACUUUAUAGCACGAGUCAUGACAGUUGGUUGGCUACCACAGGCGAAGUUCUAA